AUGGAAGAGCACGAGGAGCACUUAAGGCUAACUCUAAGCAGACUCAAAGAGCACCAAUUGUACGCUAAAUUCAAGAAGUGUGAAUUCUGGUUGGAGAAAGUGGCGUUUAUAGGCCAUAUAGUGUCCAAAGAUGGGGUAGAGGUGGACCCUGGGAAAAUUGAAGCAGUGAAGUGCUGGCCAAAACAAAAAACUGCAAGUGAGGUUCGGAGUUUCCUCGGACUAGCUGGAUAUUAUCGGAGAUUCAUUGAGGGAUUCUUAAAAAUAGCCACACCGUUCACGAAUUUGACUCGAAAGCAACAAAAAUUUGCAUGGACAAAUAAAUGUAAGGAAAGCUUUGAGACAUUGAAAGAUAAACUCAUUAAAUCACUCGUCUUGUGUGUUCCAACUAACAAAGACAAAUUUGUAGUGUAUUGCGACGCAUCGAAGCAAGGGCUCGGCUGUGUGUUGAUGCAAAAUGAGAAGGUGGUAGCCUAUGCCUCUAGGCAGCUAAAGGAGUAUGAGACAAGGUACCCAACUCAUGACUUAGAGUUGGCAGCAGUGAAAGAACUCAACAUGAGACAGAGGCAGUGGUUGGAACUGGUAAAAGAUUACGAUUGUCAAAUACUAUACCAUCCUGGAAAGGCUAACGUAGUGGAAAAUGCACUUAGAAGACGCAACUAUGCAAGCUUGUCAAUGUUAAGGGCAUUAAAAGUGCCGUUGCAAUAG